AUGGCUCCCACCACCAAAGAGACCGACUACCUCGUCCUGGGAGGCGGCAGCGGAGGCCUGGGUGCUGCUCGCAUGGCCGCCUCCAAGUAUGGCGUCAAGGCUCUGAUUGUCGAGAACGCACGCCUGGGAGGAACUUGCGUCAAUGUUGGAUGCGUUCCCAAAAAGAUCACUUACAACGCCGCCGCCCUCGCCGAGGCCAUCCACGACUCAAAAUCCUAUGGCUUCUCCGUCCAGGAGACCGCGCCCUUUGACUGGGGCAUCUUCAAGACCAAGCGUGAUGCUCACAUCAAGAAGCUCAACGACAUCUACGCGCGCAACCUUGGAAACGACAAGGUGGACUACCUGCACGGAUGGGGCCGCCUACUGUCCAAGAACCAGGCCGAGGUCACUCUGGACGAUGGCUCCAAGGUGCUGGUCAACGCCAAGAAGAUUCUCAUCGCCGUCGGGGGCAAGCCCACGGACCCUCCCGCAAUCCCCGGAGCCGAGCUCGGCAUCAACAGCGACGGCUUCUUCGACAUCGACAAGAAGCCAGGCAAGGUGGCCAUUGUUGGCGCCGGCUACAUCGCCGUUGAGUUUGCCGGCAUGUUCAAUGCUCUUGGCACCGAGACCCAUCUCUUCAUCCGAUACAACACCUUCCUGCGCAACUUCGACCCCAUGAUCCAGGAGACUGUCACCAAGGAGUACGAGCGCCUGGGAGUCAACGUUCACAAGCAGUCUCAGGCCACAAAGGUCGAAAAGGCCGCCAACGGGAAGCUCUCCGUCACGUAUCGCGACGGAGAGGGCAACGAGACCACCCUCCACGACGUCGAUCACCUCAUCUGGGCCGUUGGCCGAACCCCCUUGACGAGCGGCAUCGGUCUGGAGGAGGCGGGUGUUAAGCUUAACGAGAAGGGAUACGUCGUUGUGGACGACUACCAGAACACCAACGUUGACAACAUCUACGCCCUCGGCGAUGUUACCGGCCAAGUCGAGUUGACACCCGUCGCCAUCGCCGCCGGGCGUCGUCUCUCACACAGACUCUUUGGACCCGCUGAAUUCUCAAAUUUGAGUCUUAGCUAUGAAAACAUCCCCUCGGUCGUGUUUUCGCACCCCGAAGUUGGCGCCAUUGGUCUCACGGAGCCGCAGGCCAUCGAGAAGUACGGCAAGGAGAACCUCAAAAUCUACAAGGCUUCCUUCACUGCCACCUACUACGCCAUCAUGGACCCCGAGCAGAAGGGCCCUACCAGCUACAAGCUCAUCACAGCAGGCCCCGAAGAGAAGGUCGUUGGCCUGCACAUCCUGGGCCAGGGAAGCGGCGAGGUCCUGCAGGGCUUUGGCGUUGCCGUCAAGAUGGGCGCGACCAAGGCCGACUUUGACAACUGCGUUGCCAUCCAUCCCACAAGCGCCGAGGAGCUGGUGACAAUGAGGUAA